GGCGUCGUCUCGCACCGACUGGACCCGGAGCCUCUGCGCUCGGGAAGAGUCCGGCGAGGGCUCCCGACGCGUGGUCAGGAUGUCGGGGCGCACGCGCGCUGCCAAGAUGCUCCCAGGCCCCUGCUCCGCCCUCCUGCUCUGGGGCCUCCUGGGGGCCGUCCACGCUCAGCAGCAGGAGGUCAUCAGCCCCAGCACCUCCGAGAGGAACAGCUGCCCAGAGAAGGCCGACUGCCCGAUCCACGUGUACUUCGUGCUGGACACGUCGGAGAGCAUCACCAUGCAGUCCCCCACCGACAGCCUGCUCUACCACAUGCAGCAGUUCGUGCUGCAGUUCAUCAGCCAGCUGCAGGACGAGCUCUACCUGGACCAGGUGGCCCUGAGCUGGCGCUACGGCGGCCUGCACUUCUCCGACCUGGUGGAGGUGUUCAGCCCGCCCGGCAGCGACCGGGCCUCCUUCACCAAGAGCCUGCAGGGCAUCAGCUCCUUCCGCCGCGGCACCUUCACCGACUGCAUGCUGGCUAACAUGACCCAGGAGGUCCGGCGGCACGUGGGCAAGGGGGUGGUCAACUUCGCGGUGAUCAUCACCGACGGCCACGUCACGGGCAGCCCGUGCGGGGGCAUCAAGCUGCAGGCGGAGCGGGCCCGCGAGGAGGGCAUCCGGCUCUUCGCGGUGCCGCCCAACCUGAAGCUGAACGAGCAGGGCCUGCGGGACAUCGCCAACACGCCGCACGAGCUCUACCGGAACAACUACGCCACCAUGCGGCCCGACUCCACCGAGAUCGACGAGGACACCAUCAACCGCAUCAUCAAGGUCAUGAAACAUGAAGCCUACGGAGAGUGCUACAAGGUGAGCUGUCUGGAGAUCCCCGGGCCCCCCGGCCCCAAGGGCUACCGCGGACAGAAGGGCGCCAAGGGCAACAUGGGUGAGCCCGGAGAGCCUGGACAGAAGGGGCGACAGGGAGAUCCAGGCAUCGAAGGCCCCAUUGGAUUCCCAGGACCCAAGGGUGUUCCUGGUUUCAAAGGAGAGAAGGGCGAGUUUGGAGCCGAAGGGCGGAAGGGCGCCCCCGGCCUGGCGGGCAAGAACGGGACGGAUGGACAGAAGGGCAAGUUGGGGCGCAUCGGACCUCCUGGCUGCAAGGGAGACGCCGGGGAUCGGGGCCCAGAUGGUUACGUGGGGGAAGCCGGCAGCCCUGGGGAGCCGGGAGAUCAAGGCUCCAAGGGGGACCCUGGCCGCCCGGGACGCAGAGGGCCCCCGGGGGAAAACGGGGCAAAAGGAAGCAAGGGCUACCAAGGCAACACCGGAGCCCCAGGAAGUCCCGGUCUGAAAGGAGCCAAGGGUGGGCCUGGGCCCCGAGGCCCCAAAGGCGAGCCCGGGCGCAGGGGAGACCCUGGAAUCAAGGGCAGCCCAGGCAGCGAUGGCCCCAAGGGCGAGAAGGGGGACCCUGGCCCUGAGGGGCCCCGGGGCCUGGCUGGAGAGGUUGGCAACAAAGGAGCCAAGGCAAACCGAGGUUUACCUGGACCCAGAGGUCCCCAAGGGACUGUUGGAGAGCCCGGGAAGCAGGGAUCUCGGGGAGACCCUGGGGAUGCUGGCCCCCGCGGAGACUCGGGACAGCCUGGCCCCAAGGGAGACCCCGGCAGGCCUGGCUUCAGCUACCCGGGACCCCGAGGAGCACCUGGAGAGAAGGGCGAGCCUGGCCCCCGCGGCCCCGAGGGGGGCAGAGGUGACUUUGGGUCCAAAGGAAAACCCGGGAGGAAAGGCCAGAAGGGCGAGCCUGCAGAUCCUGGUCCCCCUGGUGAGCCAGGCCCGCGGGGGCAGAGAGGAGCGCCAGGACCCGAGGGAGAGCCUGGCCCCCCAGGAGACCCCGGCCUCACGGAGUGCGACGUCAUGACCUACGUGAGGGAGACGUGCGGGUGCUGUGACUGUGAGAAGCGCUGUGGCGCUCUGGACGUGGUGUUCGUCAUCGACAGCUCCGAGAGCAUUGGCUACACCAACUUCACCCUGGAGAAGAACUUCGUCAUCAACGUGGUCAACAGGCUGGGGGCCAUCGCCAAGGACCCCAAGUCGGAGACGGGGACCCGCGUGGGCGUCGUGCAGUACAGCCACGAAGGCACCUUCGAGGCCAUCCAGCUGGACGACGAGCGCAUCGACUCACUGUCCAGCUUCAAGGAGGCCGUCAAGAACCUUGAGUGGAUCGCGGGCGGCACCUGGACGCCCUCAGCCCUCAAGUUCGCCUACAACCAGCUCAUCAAGGAGAGCCGGCGCCAGAAGACCCGCGUGUUCGCGGUGGUCAUCACAGAUGGCCGCCACGACCCCCGCGACGACGACCUCAACCUGCGGGCGCUGUGCAACCACGACGUGACGGUGACGGCCAUCGGCAUCGGGGACAUGUUCCACGAGAAGCACGAGAGCGAGAACCUAUACUCCAUCGCCUGCGACAAGCCGCAGCAGGUGCGCAACAUGACGCUUUUCUCCGACCUGGUGGCCGAGAAGUUCAUCGACGACAUGGAGGACGUGCUGUGCCCGGACCCCCAGAUCGUGUGCCCGGAACUUCCCUGCCAAACAGAUGGACCGCGGCCUGGCGGCGAGCCCCCGGUCACCUUCCUCCGCACGGAAGAGGGCCCGGAUGCCUCCUUCCCCAGGACCAUCCCCCUGAUCCAAAAGUUGCUAAACGCCACGGAGCUCACACAGGACCCAGCCGCCUACUCCAGGCUGGUGGCUGUGCUGGUCUACACCGCGGAGCGGGCCAAGUUCGCCACAGGAGGCGAACGGCAGGACUGGAUGGACCUGUUCAUUGACGCCUUUAAGCUGGUGCACAGGGACAUCGUGGGGGACCCCGAGACCGUGCUGGCGCUCUGCUGAGCCCACAGGGUGCGGCCCCCCAGCUGCAGGAGCUCCCAGGGGCUGCCUACCUUACACUGCGGGGCUGAAGACAGCAGGAAGCUGUUCUCUUGGUCUGGAGGCCGGAAGUCCAAAAGCAAGGUGUCCCAGGGCCGCACGCCCUCUGGGCCUCUAAGGGAGGCCCUUCCUGCCUCUCCAGCUCCCGUCUCUGCUCUGUGGACACCUGGCCUCUCCCCUUCCCCCCCGCCCCGCCCUGCCCCGGCCUCCCUCCUACAGGGACACUUGUGUGGCAUUUAGGGCUGGAUAAUCCAGGAGGGUCUCCCCAUUUCACGGGAAUUAUUAGUUGAAUUCCGUCUGCAAAGCCCUUUUGCCAUGUAAGGUCAUAGUCACAGGCUCCAGGAUUAGGACGUAGGCAUCUCUUCGGGGCCGUUAUUUAGCCGAAAAGAAAGAGGGAAGACCAGAGCCUCAUAAACGGCCCCAACUCCCGGAUUCACCUCUGGCCUCUGUGCCCAGGUCACCCCUUGUGCGCUUCUCUCGCCCCCCUGGUUGAUACAUCGAGAACCCCCCAAACCAGCAGUCCCUGCGUUUCUGACUCUGACCGCAGGGACUUAGAGGCCCAGGGGCACACAGGGAAUUCGCUGGGCAGCUCCAGCUCCAGCUCCAGCUCUGUGGGUUUAAGCCAAAGCUGCUCUUCAUCUGCACUGCCGUAUAAAUAAGCUCCUUUAAAAAAAAAAAAAAAUCUGCCAGAAACACUCGCUCAUCCACGGGUAGCCCAGUACUGCAGGUGACACACCCAAGAGUGUCCUUCAGGUGCUGUGAGCACAUCUCAUACAUUCUAUAAAAGCUGAAAAACAA